UGGCUAAAGCACGUCUAAAAAUGUUGGCUCUAAGAUCGUUAUUUCUGGUUUUGGCUCUUUCGCCAGGUUUUUUAGAAGGAGCUCGCAUACUGGCCUUAUUUCCCAUACCGAGCCCUUCUCACUAUUUUUACUCAUUGCCCUACCUAAAAAGCUUGGCCACUUUGGGCCAUGAAAUAACUUUGGUAAGUCCGUUUCCGGCAAAAGAGGCUGUGGAUAAUAUACAUAAUAUUUAUGUGCCGGAACUAUUUGACAAUGUCGAGGAAGUAAUCAAUUAUUUAAGUACGAGUAAAUCUAAAGGCAUUUGGGAAGUAAAUGAAUACGUCAACAACUAUAACCUAAACCUCGCAAAAACAGUGUUGAACAAUGACGCAGUUCGUCGGGAGAUUUUGAAACCAGGAAAGGCCCAGUUUGAUCUGAUCAUUACUGAUCUGUGGCGUUUCGAUGCUCUUUAUGGCUUGUCGGCCUAUUUCGAUGCCCCAAUAAUAGGAAUCGCAACGUAUGGCAAUGAUUGGAAAAUCGACGAGUUGGUUGGUAACAUAUCCCCGAUUUCGUAUCUUAAGUCUACUUCGUACUAUCACCAUGACUUGAGAACUUAUAGAGGUCGUCUGGCAUAUUUUGUGGACCAAUCUUUAUCUUGGAUUAACUGGCAUUGGCGAUAUGCGGAGAAGCAUGAAGCCCUCUACAGAAAGUAUUUUCCUAAAAUAGCUGAUAAGCAGCCACUGUCUGCGAUAUGUCGAAACUUUUCCCUGGUUUUGAUUAAUCAUCAUUUUACUCUGGGUGCACCACGCCCUUUUGUUCCAAGUCUAAUCGAAGUUGGUGGCAUGCACAUUAAUGAGCAACCAAAAGCGUUGCCCAAGGAGUUUGAGGACUUCAUCCAAGGAGCUGGUGAACAUGGAGUCAUUUACUUUUCUCUCGGAACCAAUGUUAAGACCGAAAAUCUGUCAGAGGAUCGCAAGAAAAUAUUGAUCGAAACAUUUGAAAGCCUGCCACAGCGAGUCCUGUGGAAAUUCGAAGAUGAAAAUUUGCCGGGAAGGCCCUCGAAUGUGUUGAUCAGCAAAUGGUUUCCUCAGCAAGAUCUACUGGCUCAUCCAAAAGUUAAACUAUUUAUUACCCAUAGUGGAUUACAAAGCACUGUUGAAAGCAUUCAUAGUGGCACACCGAUGUUGGGACUGCCCUUCUUUUAUGAUCAGUAUCGAAACGUGGCCCAAGUAAAGGAACUUGGUCUGGGGUUGUCUCUCAAUUUUAUGGAUAUGACAGGCGAUGAGUUUAAGAGCACUAUUAUUGAGUUGUUGACAGAGAAAAAAUAUGACAUCGCUGCUAGAACAGCAGCAGCUCGACAUCGAGAUCAACCCAUGAAACCUCUGGAAACGGCAAUCUGGUGGACUCACUAUGUCCUUCGACACAAAGGAGCACCUCAUAUGCGGGUGGCUGGCAGGGAACUGGACUUCUUCACCCAUCACAGCCUAGAUAUCUUGGGGACUUUUCUUAUUGGAUUUUUGCUUAUUCUUGCAAUUGUUGCUAUGUGUGUUAAAAAAAUCCUAAAAAGUGUUUUUCGAAGCAGAAAGCAUAAAACGUUGCAGAAGAAAAAAGUCAGAUAAAAUGUAUUGAAAAUAUAAUUAACAUUUAAUUAGCUGUUUUACUUUUCAAGCAAAGUUAAAAAUAGAUUUAAAAACGUGAUCCAAAAUAUGUAAUCUUUAUCAACGUUUGUAGUCGAGUCGAAAUAAAUAUAUUACUCAGAUUAA